AUGUAUAAUGCUGCCACAAACGGGUUGGCAGAGGCAUUUAACAAGACAUUGUUCAACUUGUUGAAGAAAAUUGUUUCCAACUCGAAGAGAGAUUGGCAGGAGAAGAUCGGUGAAGCGUUGUGGGCUUACCGCACCACUCAUUGUACCCCUACAGGAGUCACCCCAUACUCUCUCCUUUAUGGGGUAAAAUUUGUCAUUCCUUUGGAAAGAGAAAUUCCAUCACUAAGAAUGACAGUGCAAGAAGGGCUGACUAUAGAGGACAAUGCCAAACUGUGGCUCCAAGAGUUGGAUGCACUGGAUGAAAAAUGA